UCUGGCAUGUAAAUUGUCUUUGUCGAAUCUGUCGAUGGAAAUGGUUGGAUAUUCCUUCAUUCUUCCAGGGAAGGAACUCAUCCUGACUUCUUUACACCAAUGCGAGCUUAGAUAUACUUCAAACCUACACAUUCAUAUACACGUUUCAUCUGAGUAAUACUGAAAAUGAGACUCUGGCUUUCCUAAAACAUCUCCAUCAUACAUUUACUCUAAUCUGAGUUCAAACUCAUGAAACACCAACACACGCUAUACCAGGAAGCCAUUUACGGGUUGCCAGUAGGAGAGAUGGCCUGUGCAACCUUGAUGAAUGGCAAUUCUCAACCCAAGUCUAUGAGCAGAGCUCGGAUGUGGACUGAUGAAGUGGAGAAUCUCUACAGGUUCCAGCAGGCAGGAUACAGGGAUGAGCUGGAGUACAGGCAAAUUAAACAAGUGGAGAUUGAACGCUGGCCAAUGUCAGGAUACGUGAAGAAGCUUCAGCGACGAGACAACACCUUUUAUUACUACAGCAAAAGGCGGGAGUGUGACGACAAAGAAGUGAACAAAGUCAAGAUGUAUGUGUACUGACAUCAUCAACCUUCUCUGGCACUUCUGUAGCUUAGUGAUUUUUGAUGAUGUCAGCAUUUCAUUGUCAAAUCAAAUAAACCGAUUUAUAAUCGACUAAAUUG